AUGGAGACCCCAGAGAUGCUCGCAUUUCACGUAUCCUGGGAUGCGUCUGGCACUGGAGACAUCAAGGAGCUCAUAAUGAUUUACUACACGAGCGACAGCACCCUCGAGUUGCGAAAACCCCAGAGCAGCACCCUGCACUUGAAACGCGUGAAAGUCCCCCGUAGCCUGACUAAAUCCUUUUUUGUUGGUGCCCAGCUUGUAGUUUUCUCCCGUCAUUUACGCAUUGUGGACAUCGCAAAUAAGCAGACCCAGGCCUACCUCCAGCAUUCAAUGGAACCGGUAAUCUGUAUAUGGCGGGCCUCCGAUCCCCAAAAGUACUCAGAUGAGCUACAGAUACUAUUGGACUCUGGCUUGAUCCUGACGAAUUGCAAGCUGCUCUCCCUAGAGGGGACCCUAGGCGACUAUAUACGAAGCUGCUCUCCGGGAUUUAGCAUGACUGGCGAAAUCUCCGUAAUGUCUGCUUCGGCCGUCGCUUGUUUUGUUCUACGAGGAGAACAAGCAUCAAAAGUGUACGAACAGGUGUUUAAAAGAGGUGCUCACACGUCAGACCAUGUACUGGUUUGCUUGGAACAUCUUGUGGUCAUCCCAGCUUUGCUCACAAUGGCUGUGAAUCCGUUUUGCAUUGGGGGAACGCAUUUGCAUUCAAAAAGUUACAGGAUCACUUCUCUUUUUGUCACACUCUUUUCUGGCUUCAGAGUCGCUUCCAAGAGUGCAGAACUUCCCGAAGUCCUGCACUCCCAGGGUAACGAGGCGCCGAGCACUGUGGAGCAACUUGCUCUCGCGCUUACAAGCAAAGCAGCAGACACGACAUUCAACGUGGUGGCUCCAGAAGUAACCUGUUGCGUCAUAAAGCCACACGCGCUACAGCACACAGGGCUUGUCCUUCGAGAGAUCCUGACAAGCGGACUCUCUAUUGGGGCAAUGCAAAGUUUCCGUCUGACGAACUUGGCUGCCAUGGAGUUCCUAGAGGUGUACAAGACAGUCCUGAAGGAGUACCCCCAGAUGGUGGAGGAGCUGACAAAUGGCACAGUUGUGGCGCUCCAGUUGGAAGGCCCUGACGCUGUUUCCCGCCUUAGGCGCCUCGCAGGGCCGUAUGACCCAGAGGUGGGUCGCUGUUUGCACCCCGCGACGCUGCGAGCUAGAUUGGGAGCCGAUGUGGCACGCAAUGCGCUACAUUGCACGGACCUUCAAGAGGACGGCCCUUUGGAGUGUAGUUAUUUUUUUCAGCUGGUAGCCGGCGCGGCCUCAACAGAGUGCAUCAAGGGGAACCCCGAGCCCCGGCUUAAGACGCCACAACACUUAGGCCAGAGCGACACAAUAUAA